GUAAUGAUACAGUUCGACAGUUUUUGAUUAUAGAAUUAACAGAAUCAAUGAUAGCUGGGACAAACUUUUCGGUGUCUAUAAGUUUCGAAGGUCCUUUACAAGGUGAUGGAACAGGGUUGUACUUGAGCUCUUACAUGGAUGGUACAACUACAGUAUAUUUGGCCACAACACAAUUUGAAGCACCUUAUGCCAGACGAGCAUUUCCCUGUUAUGAUGAACCUGCACAAAAAGCUACAUUUGACAUCACUUUACGAAAAAGGCUGAAUACUGGACGAAAUUAUAUCACACUUUCUAAUAUGAACAUUAUAAAUAACUCUACCAGUGGAGAUUAUGGCAUUGACUAUUAUGCUACAUCUGUUGUAAUGCCAACCUAUCUAUUAGCAUUUAUAGUUUGUGAUUAUGAAUAUACGGAGAACAUAUCUGACACCAAUAUAGCAUAUAGAACAUACGCCAGCCCAAUUAGUAUACAGUAUGCACAAAUGGCUCAAGAACAUGGAUUGAGAAUAUUUAAUAGAUUUGAGAGUUACUUCACACCAACAUACAGUUUGCCUAAAAUAGACAACAUUGCCAUUCCUGAUUUUAAUUUCGGUGCAAUGGAGAAUUGGGGACUUAUAACAUAUAGAGAAGGUCUGCUUUAUAUACCUGGGACAUCGAAGGCAUCAGAUGAAAAAUGGAUAGCAGAAGUCAUUUCACAUGAAAUUGCUCAUCAGUGGUUUGGUAAUCUCGUCUCACCCAAGUGGUGGAAGUGGAUAUGGUUAAAUGAAGCUUUUGCUUCUUUCUGGGACUAUCACAUCGUCGGAGAACUAUAUCCUACGUGGAGAAGUGAGGAGUUAGAAAGACUUAUUGGAACACAUUCGGUAAUGGAAACUGAUGCUUUAAGAUCUUCUCAUCCUUUAACCUUUGACGCGGAAAGCAAUUCUGAAAUAACUUCUCUCUUUGAUAGUAUUACAUAUACUAAGGUAUUUACGCAGCUUUUAUAUUGA